UACGAAUGAAUGAUGCCUCGUGCAUAUUGAUAUUUUUAUUUGAAACGGGAUCGAUGUUUUCAGAAACGAAAGUAGAUAAAAUUAUAGCGCCAAAUAUAAACUAAAAGUAGAAGUUCAGCUGACACCGACGAAGAUGUCAAAAAAGCGUGGUUUAAGCGUGGAAGAGAAGAGAAGCAGAAUGAUGGAGUUCUUCUAUGAAAAGAAGGACUUUUUUCAACUGAAAGAAUUAGAGAGACUUUGUCAAAAAGAAAAAGGAAUCACUUCAAUGUCUGUUAAAGAAAUCCUUACGAGCCUGGUUGAUGACGGGAUGGUUGAUACAGAUAAAAUUGGCACAUCAGUUUAUUUUUGGGCAUUCCCCAGUAAAGCAAGUCAGAAUAGAAAACGAAAACUUGAUGAUUUGAUAAACAGAAACAAUGAGUUGGAUGAAAAGAAAAGAACUCUGGAAAACAAUAUCAAAAAAGCCAAAAUUGGAAAAGAAGACUCUGAGAAGCGAUCUCAAAUAAUCCAAGACUUAGAUGGUAAAAAGCAAGAGAAAGCCUCCUUAUUAAAAGAAAUAGAUAAGUACCGAGAAUGUGAUCCCGAAGUUAUAGAGGCAGUGCAGAAACAAACAGGAGAGGCAAAAGAGGCCGCUAAUCGUUGGACAGAUAAUGUUUUCUCCAUUAAAUCAUGGAUUAAAAACAAAUUUCAGUUUGAAGAAAGUGUGAUUGAUAAACAAUUUGGAAUUCCUGACGAUUUCGACUACGUUGAAUAAAAGUUUCUUGAAAAUCAUAUGAAUUUGUUUGUAUUGUUAAAUCUGUUAUGCAAUAAAUAUUUUCCUGGUGCAA